UAAUAACCCGCCCAGGUCAAGAUAGAGCACUAGUGAGCUGGUGGGACUCAUGGACCUCGGUGGGCUGAAGGAAAUGAGAUUUUUUAUUGGUGUAGAACCCUACCCUAGGGAGAGGUUGUGUCCGAAGACUGCCAGUGUCCUCAGGUGGGGUGAGAUUGCUUCUAGUACCUGAAGGACUCUUGUCCCAGAAGCACAAAUUCCUGGCAUUCUCUGAUGGGACAAGAUGGCAGUUGGGGGCAGGGUAGAGGGUGCAAGCCCCACCUAGGGCAGUAGCCACAGUAGGAAGUGGGGCAGACAGAACCAGGAGCCUGGGAAGGAAGCACCAUGCCAACGGGGACAGUAGCUAGAGCCUGGGUACUGGUUCUUGCUCUGUGGGGAGCCGUAGCUGGUGGUCAGAACAUCACAGCCCGGAUCGGAGAGCCACUUAUGCUGAGCUGUAAGGGGGCCCCUAAGAAGCCAACCCAGAAGCUAGAAUGGAAACUGAACACAGGAAGGACUGAAGCUUGGAAGGUCCUCUCUCCCCAGGGAGACCCCUGGGACAGUGUGGCUCGAAUCCUCCCCAAUGGUUCACUCCUCCUUCCAGCUAUCGGAAUUGUCGAUGAGGGGACUUUCCGGUGUCGGGCAACUAACAGGCUUGGGAAGGAGGUCAAGUCCAACUACCGAGUCCGAGUCUACCAGAUUCCUGGGAAGCCGGAAAUUGUGAAUCCUGCCUCUGAACUCACAGCCAAUGUCCCUAAUAAGGUGGGGACGUGUGUGUCUGAGGGGAGCUACCCUGCAGGGACCCUUAGCUGGCACUUGGAUGGGAAACCUCUGAUUCCUGAUGGCAAAGGGACAGUUGUGAAGGAGGAGACCAGGAGGCACCCUGAGACGGGACUCUUCACGCUUCGGUCAGAGCUCACAGUGACCCCAGCCCAAGGAGGGACCACUCCUACCUAUUCCUGCAGCUUCAGCCUGGGCCUUCCUCGGCACAGACCCCUGAACACAGCCCCCAUCCAGCCCCGAGUCAGGGAGCCCCUGCCUCCAGAGGGCAUUCAGCUGUUGGUUGAGCCUGAAGGUGGAACAGUCGCUCCUGGUGGGACCGUGACCCUGACCUGUGCCAUCUCUGCCCAGCCUCCCCCUCAAAUCCACUGGAUAAAAGAUGGCACACCCCUGCCCCUUGCCCCCAGCCCUGUGCUGCUCCUCCCUGAGGUAGGGCAUGAGGAUGAGGGCAUCUACAGCUGCGUGGCCACCCACCCUAGCCAUGGACCUCAGGAAAGCCCUCCUGUCAACAUCAGGGUCACAGGCUCUGUGGAUGGGUCUGGGCUGGGAACGCUAGCCCUGGCCUUAGGGAUCCUGGGAGGCCUGGGAAUAGCCGCUCUGCUCAUUGGGGCCAUCCUGUGGCGAAAACGACAACCCAGACUCGAGGAGAGGAAGGCCCCAGAAAGCCAGGAGGACGAGGAGGAACGUGCAGAGCUGAAUCAGUCAGAGGAAGCGGAAAUGCCAGAGAAUGGUGCAGGGGGACCUUAAGAGCGCCCAGGCAAACCCUGUCUCCUUCAGCUUCCGACCUCAGCUGUGCUGGCUCCAGACGAGCUCCCCCACUCUACGAUCCCAAUUCAACCUCGAGCCACUUUCUUCUCCAACCAGAGCCCACAUGAUCCAUGCUGAGUAAACACCUGACACAUGUU